AUGGCGUCUUACAAGCUCAUUUUGAUAACUCUGCUCGCUCUCAUGUUUAUCUGCAGCACGUCUGUGCAAGCAAUGAGGCGCCAUGGAGGAAGGAUAAACCAUCGUCCAGGACCUCACCGUCCAGGACCUCAUCGUCCAGGACCUCAUCGUCCAGGACCAGGACAUCAUCCAGGGCGUGGACGCGGGCAUGGACGCGGGCGCUUUCAUCGUUUCUAA